GUACGGUGUACGAAGGAUACGACAUGACCUGCUACCGUGCAAGGGUGGCCCACAGUUACCGCUGACAACUACUGCAGUCGUGUAGGAAUAAGUAACGUGGUAUAGUAGGCUGGCCUGAGAGUAUGCGUGUGGUCGUGCGGCUUACGGCCCCGACAUACGGACGAAAUCACCAGCGGACAGGCCGUUCCGGAAGCUACGCGCAGUAUAUGAAGUAGCUGGUAACGCUGUUGUUUGUAGUACACAAGAACAUCCGAACCCCACCAUGACGGUCGUCUUCGAAGCCGUACCUGCACCAUCCCAGGCGCGUCUCGAUGCCUCGCUGAACGACGCGCCCCUGGACACAGAGAAGCUCGUGUCGCAACAAUCGACAGCAACGCAAGAGAAGGCCAAAACAGUGCUGUACCUGGCAUAUGGCUCGAAUCUGUGCAACGAAACCUUCCGAGGCGUGCGCGGCAUCCGUCCGCUUUCACAAGUCAAUGUCCUUGUUCCCUCGCUGAGGUUGACCUUUGACCUGCCCGGUAUCCCAUACAAAGAGCCCUGUUUUGCCAACACAGCGCUGCGGGAGCCGGACGCGCAGGACUACCACAAGGACCGAUGGCACAAGGGCUUGGUGGGCGUCGUGUAUGAGGUGACGCUCUCUGAUUACGCGCACAUCAUCGCCACAGAGGGCGGAGGGAGUGCCUACAACGAUAUCCUAGUUGACUGCCAUGUGCUGCCACCCUCUGACACGGUCCCCUCUACACCCGAUUCGAAGCCGUUCAAGGCCCACACACUCUUCGCGCCCAUUAUAGACCGAGAAACCAAGCAACGAACCACCGACCGUGUAACGCGGCCCGACCCUAGCUAUGCGCAGCCUUCGGCACGAUACCUCAAGCUCAUAACCGAUGGCGCCGCCGAAUGCAAACUUCCCGACGAGUAUCAAGAAUACCUAAACAAUAUACGCACAUACACAAUCACAACCAAGAAGCAGGAAAUGGGAAAGGCUAUUUUCCUGGCCAUCUGGAUGCCGUUCGUCAUGUUUAUCUUCACAAUGGGGAGGAAGCUGCAAGACAAGAAGGGGCGGUCACCUUGGUGGCUGGCAAAGCUCAGUGCCAUGAUCUUUGCGGAACAACCUCUUCAACGAGAGAAGAUGCGGAAAAGGAAGGCUUGUUGGAAGAGUUCGGGAAGACUAUAUACGAGCCGCGGUCAACAAAAGCCUGAACACUAAUAAAAUCCUACCGCCUAUGUGGGCAUUUAUAUACGUUCAACGAUGAAAUUGAGCGAUAAGCAUCCUCGUGUGAAGUUGGCGCGCUUACAAAACGUGUUCGACAGGAGCGAACACAUUUUGCAAGCCCAAUCUGGGAUCCACCCUUUAGUUGGAGCAUCUCCAU